CAGGACCGCGUGCGGUAUGUUGAGGUGUCCCCUCCGACAGGCUGGCAGACGAUGACCAGGACUGUGCGCGAAGUCGAUGAAGACAAGGUCCGGGGCUGUAAAGAAGACAUUGAUACCCUUCUAGUAUUCGUACGCUGGUUAUAUUCGGCCGUGUUGUCAGCCUUCCUGAUUGCGUCGUACACGAUCCUUCAGCCCGAUACGGACAUCCAAAUGAUCUUUCUACUCGAACGUAUCGCUAUGCAAACCCAAAGCUAUACCAUCACGUCCGGCACACUUAACUCCACCGCACAGCCCGCCGCCCCCCUCCCCCAGUUCAUGGCGCCCCUAUGGGCCAUUCGCGUGAACGGUCUCUGGUUUGCGAGCCUCAUCAUCAGCCUCGCGACCGCGUCAUUCGGCAUGCUGGUCAAGCAAUGGCUGCGGGAAUACCUCGCCGUCGAAUACACCGCUCCCCAGGAGCGUCUUCGUGCACGACAGUACCGGAAACCGGGACUGGAGAGAUGGAAAGUCUUCGAAAUUGCGGCAAUCCUCCCGAUGCUUAUCCAACUCUCUCUCGGCUUGUUCUUCAUCGGCCUCUGCAUCUUUACCGCGAAUGUUGAUGGACGCAUGGGCUUCACCUGCGUACCGCUUGUUUCCGGUUGGGCGUUCUUCUUCCUUGCCACUACACUCGCUCCACUUGUCUCGCCGCGAUGCCCGUACAAGAUGCCGUUGCUGAGAUCUGUGAUGAGAGUGGCGAGGACACGGGUCACCAUGAAGAUGCGUCGCUCGCUCAUUUCUCUCGUGUCAGACAUGGCGGGUAUAGCCGGACACCCGGGGAGGAAGCAUGCCGCGAACAAUGACGAAGAAGAACAGGUAGUCACCGGUGACCAGGACGACAGAGACAUCCUCCUGUCCAUGGACGCCAUCAUAGCGGACGACAAUCUGCUUCCGACGAUGUGGGACGCGGUCAAGCAGCGUUACGAUCCUGCGCAAUCGCUUGCUUUCAUCACUGAGCUUAUCGCAAGCCGUACUGGUUCCGAAGCGCAGCGCUUCCGCCCGAUCAGGCCGCGGUGCGUCCCAGACCUCACCUUGCUGCCCCGCCGAGCAUGGGUCGCUCUCAUGGAGAUGCUCGCAGAACUGGCGGGCCGUCGUGCGCAUA